AAAAGGACAAAUUCUAAAAAAUUAAAAACAUUCCGCAUUUUUCAUUUUUCCGAAUCCCUUCACUAUGAUUGCAAAAUUCUCCCCAAUUAUUCCCUUUUGAUUUUCUUCUUCGCUGCAAUUCUCAAGCGAUUUCUAGGGUUUGCUCAUCCUCCGAAAUUCGUUCCGGUCGUUUCUGAUUCAACGCAGCAAUAUGAAGGAAGUAUCGUCUUCUUUAAAUCCCUUUGCAGCAUCGUAUGUACCCCUCUUUCAAAGAGGGGUUACUGAAGUAAACCGAGAGUUUAAUUCAGCACAAGAACUGAAUAAUGGAAACGGGGCUGUCUGGUCUGGCUAUCAGCCAAACACUACAUUGCCUCAAGCUCGGCCCCAAAGUAUUUCUCAAACUGCUGAAUUUCCCUACCGUGGUGGUGAACUCUUUGCCUCGACCUCACAGUACCCGAACGAGAAUCCUGAAAGGCCAAACUUUGAUGAAUAUUUCGACAUGGACUUAGCUUUCCUUCAGAUGAACUUUCCUGGAAUAUCAAAUGAGUCUCUUUCUGAUGUCUAUUUAGCCAACAGAUGUGACCUUGAUGCUGCAGUCGACAUGCUACAACAACUUGAGAUGUACCCUGAUGAUGAUUCAUCGGAUAAGCUGCCAGACACUUUGGACAUUGGUGAUGUGUCGGAAUCUGGAUCUGUUAGCGAGCUGUCACCACACAAAGUAAAGAACGUCGUUACUGCAGAAGCUGGAGCUUCGAAAUCUGGUUCGUCCAACAUGACUUCUCCGAGCUAAUAUGCUCGAUUUUCGUGCUAACAGUUUUAAUGGGGUGCCUUUUGAGAUUGUGGAUAUAAACUUGUGAAUUGGGAAACUCCCUUUCUUCUCCUCCUUUCAAGUUAAGAUCAGUGUCGAUACGUUCGUUUUUUUUUCUUUUUUUUCUUUUCUUCAGGUUGUAUAGAUUGUAUCUGCUUGCGCUUUCUAUGUUUAUUGGGGUUUUUUGUUUGAAAGGUACAACCAAAUUGUCUGUGCUAUUAUAUUAGCUUGUUGAUGAUGAUUGAGACUUUCUUGAUCUUCAGUUUUGCUACUUGGAUAAAACAUGAGGUGAAGAAAAGUACUUUUCAGAAAUCAAAAGCUUUAUACAUUUUCAGUAUUCAUUGCUACAUAAAUAAGCACUUAUU